AAGAGUGACGUAUGAACGGCAGAAACGAAAACGAAAGAAAAGCCUCUUGUGCCGUUGUUAUCUUCUAUCAUUUCUGAAGAAUGGAGACAAACGGCCAAGUUAAUGGGCUUAAAUCUAAAAAGAAAGACAAUGGAGACGGCAAGGAUAAUUUAUGGUCUGCGAUUUUAGAAGAGGUCCAAAAUCAAGGGAACACAAAAUUACCAUCAAAUAAGAAUGUACUUGUAUUGGGUGAUAAUGAAACGGGUAAAACAACACUCAUAGCUAAAUUACAAGGUGUUGAAGACCCAAAGAAGGGGUCAGCUCUGGAAUAUGCAUAUAUAGAUGUAAGAGAUGAAUAUCGAGAUGACCACACAAGGCUCAGUGUAUGGGUACUAGAUGGGGAUCCAGGGCACACAAACCUGCUCAAAUUUGCACUUAAUGAAGACACAUUCCCUCACACAUUGGUGAUAUUCACGGUGGCGAUGACCACACCAUGGGGUAUUCUGGACCAGCUGCACACGUGGGCGGCUGUGCUCGGCGACCAUAUAGACAAAUUGGAUCUCACGCCUGAACAAAAGUUACAGAGCAAAAAACAACAGGUACAAAAGUGGAUACGGUAUACGGAGCCCGGUGACGAGCUGGAGCCCACAGCGUCGUCACCAAUGAAGCGAUCGUCGAGAAACCUCUCAGAUGAGCUCGAUAGUGAUGAGGAGGAUAAUACGCUGCCAGAGAAUGUGCUGUUCACGAAUUUGGGUUUGGAUAUCGUGGUUGUGGUUACUAAGACUGACUACAUGAGCACACUGGAGAAGGAGCACGACUACCGCGACGAGCACUUCGACUUCAUGCAGCAGUGGAUCCGCCGGUUCGCGCUCCAGUACGGAGCGGCCCUCUUCUAUACGAGUGCCAAGGAGGACAAGAACUGCGACCUGCUGUACAAGUACCUCACGCACCGGAUAUACGGCCUGCCCUUUAGGACACCAGCUCUGAUUGUGGAGAAGGAUGCAGUGCUCAUACCCGCUGGCUGGGAUAGUAUGAAAAAAAUUAGCAUAUUAUAUGAAAACAUGCAGACAUGUAAACCGGAUGAUUAUUAUAGAGAUGUCAUCGUACAACCUGCCUCGCGAAAGAGCGGCGGUCACCGCGAGGCGGAGAUCACGUCGGAGGACGAGCAGACGUUCCUGCAGCGGCAGCUGAGCGCGCUGCAGGCCGGCGCCGCCGCGCCGCGCGCCGACUCGCCGCUGCGGGCCGCGCAGCGCACCGCCGCGCAGUUGGACGGCACGAAGAUCGGCAUGGGCGGCGGCACGCCCGGCAACGAGGGCGUGCUGGCGAACUUCUUCAACUCGCUGCUGUACAAGAAGACGGGCUCGCCGGGCGCGCGCGCGGACGCGUCGCCGGCCGCCAGCGCGCGCUCCGACGCGGCCGCAGAGCUCGACCGCCUCACACGCGCCAAGCGCGCGCCGCCGCCGCUCGACCUCAGCUCCUCCGACUGCUAGCGCAGUAUUGCGGCAAGUGUACUCAAGUUGGCGCGUCGCGGGCGGCGGCGCGGGAUCCUUUCGCUUCAACGUUUCGAGGAACGGCGGCUAUGUAGGACUAUUUUCCAUACUUCAAAUCACUCCCCGAACGCAGUCUUGUAUGUGAUAUAAUAUUAUUUCGAAUACUCCCAUGUAAUAUUAUUGUUUGUUCAACUACCCGCAUAUUAACAGUAUUGCAAACUACCCCCAAUAUUUUUAUGAGUGAGAUUUUAUUUCUGUUUUCAUUGUUUUAGCUUGAAUUUCAGCUUAUAAAUUUUAUAACGAAGUACUUCAUAUGUAUAAGAAUGAUUCCAUAGAUACAGAAGUCGUGGGAGAUAGUUCCUUUGUACGGAUAAUGCAGUGGACGGGAAAUACCUGUUUAAUUUUCUGUGUAACACUUGUUUUAUGAUAUUAUAAGUAUUUAUUUAGAUAGCCUCAUGUUUGAAGUGAAAGAUAAUUUAUAAUGAUAGGUGUAACGCAAGGAACGAAACGGUCAUCGUCGAGUAAGAUUAUGAUGUAGAGAUUAGUGUGGUUUUGUACUGAAUCUGUAUAUAUAUUGAGCUUUAUAAGAAAUUUUAUGAAUACCCUCAGCUAAAUUAAAAAAAAUUGAAUUUGAAUUUAAUCGAAUUUAUGGUAAACACGGGGGUUGAACUAACUUUUGAGUAUAUUUUUUGUUAUUGAGAUUAUUUAGUAUUGUUUUUUUUAUUCGUGUAAAAUUAUCCAUACUCGCGAAAGGCUACCAUGUAAUCUAUGAUUUAACUUGCGUAUACAUCUACGAAAAUAUACAGAUAUAUAACAAGGGUAAUGCAAUUUGAGUGAAAUAUAAUAUAUAAACACUGGAUAAGACAAUAUUCCACGUCACAAAGUAUUAGAUUUAUCUAAUACAUACAUGAACGAUUUUUACAACAAGACAGAGCAAAUAACUAGUAAAUAUUUAAUGACAUACCAUCAAAAACAGUAAAACCUACAUCAAUUAUAAUUAAAUAUCUAUUUACAUAAGAAAAAGGAAUAUACUAUGUGAUAAAUGGUGCAGUACAAAACCAUAUAAAAUUCCAUGAGACGUGAUCUUCUAUGAAGACUGGAACCCGACUGCAAUGCUCGAAUUGUGGUCAAAAACCAUUUGAAUAUAUCUAACGAGGAAAUUUACCAUGACGUCUUAUAGCAGUAUUAUUUUAGUGUGGGAAAAGGACAGCGCUAUACAACUUAUAUAGCGCUGUCCCUUUCACGCACUGGAAAUAAUACUGCUCUAAGAUAUGUUACGGGGGUUGUCGGAUGAUAAAAAAUAA